AUGAAAUUGUUGGGCGUUGUCUGCCUACUUGCCCUGGUGCUUUUCGCAUCGGCCGAAGAUGAAAAGAAACCAGUGGCGGAGGCCAAAGUAGAUGACAACAAGGCAGCCGAAACUCAGGCGCUCGAUGACAAGAAACAGGACAAGCGUGGACUGCACGGCUGGACCGGUAGCUUCGGUGGCUUCGAUGAACACCAUGAGGUGCCACACUUUGAAACCCACGAGGAAAAGACUCUGACCGUCGUCAAGAAGGUCCCGGUCCCAUACCCAGUGGAGAAGCACAUCCCAGUGCCAGUUGAGAAACACAUCCCCGUCCCGGUGAAGGUUGGAGUGCCGAAGCCUUACCCAGUGUACAAGACCGUCCACUACCCAGUCAAGGAGAUCGUCAAGGUGCCCGUGCACGUUCCGGCUCCGUACCCGGUGGAGAAGAAGGUCCCAUACCCAGUCCAUGUACCGUACGAUCGUCCCGUCCCGGUGAAGGUGUACGUGCCCGCUCCUUACCCAGUGGAGAAGAAGGUCCCAGUCCCGGUGAAGGUCCAUGUCCCGGCUCCUUACCCAGUGGAGAAGAAGAUCCAUGUCCCGGUCAAGGUUCCGGUCCAUGUUGAGAAGCCGUACCCGGUUGAGAAGAUCGUCCACUACCCGGUCCAUGUUCCAGUCGAUCGCCCAGUGCCGGUCCAUGUCGAGAAGCCAGUGCCAGUCCCGGUGGAGAAGCCAGUGCCGUAUGAGGUCAUCAAGAAGGUCCCAUACCCAGUGCAUGUCCCAUACGAUCGUCCAGUGCCGGUGCACGUCGAGAAGCCAGUACCAGUCCCGGUGAAGGUCCCAGUCCCACAGCCCUACCCGGUUGAGAAGCACAUUCCGGUCCCGGUCGAGAAGCACGUCCCAUACCCCGUGAAGGUCCCGGUCGAGCGUCCGGUUCCGGUCGAGAUUGAGAAGCACGUCCCUUAUGAGGUCGAGAAGCCAGUCCCGUACCCGGUCAAGGUUCCGGUCCAUGUGCCGGUGCACCACCACGAGGAGGAACACCACCACGAGGAGAUCCACUCCGAGGGUCUGAGCGAACAUCACGACUUCGGUUCUCAUCACUAA